AUGGCCACACGCCGCGUUUCUCUGGCCUUACUAGCAACUGCUUGCGUCCUCCUGCUCUCAACCGUCGCACAUGUCCAGGCCAAGACGAUUCAAGUGGGCGGGCCUUAUAGGUUGUCGCCGUGGGGCCCGCUAACGAUUAAGUGGAAAUGCCCCCCCAUUGAAACGGGCGACAAGCUCGUCUUCAAGUGGACCCAGCGCUCUGAUAUCCGUCAGUUUAAAAUUGAUGUCACGGAUCCGACAACUUUCGCCCAAGCCAAGUACUGGGCACAGUGCAAGACCAGCAAGGCCACUACGACGCUCAAGAAAGCAUCGAAAUCGGGAACCUACACUUACCAUGUAACAGCAAAUGACCAUUUCAAUCUCAUGUUCGCGAGUGGCGUCGGCAAUAUGUGCAAGCGGGGCCAACGCUUCCAGUCUCCCAAUCCCAAGUGUACUACGUCUGCUGGGUGUAUUGGUAUCUGA